AUGAAAGGUCGCGCGCCUCUUCCGGUCCCCUCCGGUCCUCAAUCACUCCAGAACGGCCAUUCCCGCAGUCCUUCCGGCUUCGACAUGGCUGCCCGCAGUCCUCCCAAUCAGAGCAAUACCAAACAUGUGCCUUGCAAAUUUUUCCGCCAGGGCGCUUGCCAGGCCGGGCCUGCAUGCCCCUUUCUUCAUUCCACGGAUGCCGCAAUAGAUUAUGCGCCUUGUAAAUACUUCACCAAGGGUAAUUGCAAGUUUGGAGCGAAGUGUGCGCUGGCGCAUAUUCUGCCCGACGGCCGACGUGUCAAUCGCCCCAAUCCAGGAAUGGGACUGGGUGGCGGUCAUCUGAAUUUGGGCGGCCGUGUCAAUCCUCAAGCCUACGUGAACCAGGACUCUGCUUUGACCAAUUCAGUCUUGUCGCAGCAGCGGAUGAACGGACAUGAUCCAAGAUAUGCCCCUCAGCUUCCGUCCCAGGACGAGUAUACUGCCUUACAAUCACCACCGCCGCCACCACCACAACAGCUGCCCUAUGAUGCAAUUCCUACUAUCGAUACCGGGUUGACGUCCGACACGAAUUCCAAAUACGGGUCCCCGGUGGACGAUGUACGAUUUCCGAUGUCACCAAGCCAUCGCCAUCUCACCGCCUUGGAUGCUCCUCUUCCAGCGUCUUUCGACAGCCAGGGUAUCUCACAUGCUGCACGCUAUGGUCCGGUAGCGGCCUCUAUGCCGUCGAAGUUCGGUUUAGAAUUGUCUCCUCCGGCGCAAAGAAUUGGCGCCCCACCAGACGCCCUUCGAAACCUUCGAGACGCAGCUUACGGGCCCGAUCUUAGGAAAUCAUCCUUCAUUGGCUCAUCGCCGCCUACCCUACCGGAGGACGGAAUGGGGCCACGCUUCCUUCAUUCGCAGCGCCCCAUCAAGACACGAAUGCUCUCUGCAAGUGUGCCACGGCCUACAGCUCUAGAUGACUGGGACGACAGCAAUUUUCCAAUGGAAGAAGACUAUUUGCCGAUUAAUUUGCACGACGAUGUUCUUACUCCGCAAGAGCGACUCCGGCGCCUGUCGCGCACGGAUCACGACCUGAGUUCCAGCCAUCGUGAGCUCAGCGGAUUAGGCAUGACUGGCACCAGUUUCUCCAAAGUUGGCUCUCCCCUAGCCUCUAGCCCAUCUCGCUUUGGGGCUUUGUUUGCCAAACAGCGGCAAAAGCGAGAGGAAGAUGCACAUGGUUCUUUGACACAUAUUGGCUCUCCGUUGAGGGAAUCUUCGCUGAACCUAGGCACUAGCCCCGGUUUGGGACCUAUUGGCAGCCGGCAAAUUUCGGGAGACAUCUCUCCGUUCGUCUCUAGUGCCCCUCGCCAACCAUCGAUGUCGAUGAUCUCCCAGCAGCUCAGUGGCAUGUCUCUUCACCCCGGUCCUCCUCGCAAUACGGCGUCUACAGGCCCUAGCAGCCGCCUGGACCGUACCAUUUCGUCGCCGGUCAGUACCAGCAGAAUUGACGAAGAGCAGAGCGAUUUAGUCUUCUCGAUGGAAGAAGAAGAGAACAACAAAAGAAGCAGCAGUUCAUGGGAUUCUCAGAAGGCGGACUCAAACAGCGACGUGCCCACCCCCACGAGCAAUGCAGAGUUCCAGCCUUGA